AUGUGGGAGGUCUCGCGGGGAUUGGGCGCGGCUCCGCAGGCGGUGAUUGGCCGGCGAUGGCGGGACGCGGCCCCCGUGCACAGCCUGAGCAGCCUGCAGAAAACCGCCCUGCUCCUGGGCGUCCCGGCCGCCGCCACCGUGCUCUACAUCUUGUACCGGCGCUACCGGGAGAGCCGAGAGGCGCAGGUGACACUGGUGGCAGACGAGGGGCUGGAGGUGGCGGUCAGGGUGCCCCGCACGGCCCUGAAAUCACUGAUCGGCCGCCGGGGAGCCACCAUCAACCAGCUGAGGCAGGAGACGGGAGCGCAGAUCGAGGUGGAGGAGGAGGAGGAGGAGGAGGAAGGGGGGCAGUCCCUGGUGCAGAUCUCGGGCUCGCCGGGCCAGGUGUGCCGGGCCAGGGCGGCCGUGCUGCGAAUCGUGGCCGACAGCGCCCCCGUGGCCGAGCAGCUGCGCGUGCCCCAGCGGGCCGUGGGCAGGAUCAUCGGCCGCGGAGGGGAGACCGUCCGGGCCAUCUCCCGGAGCUCGGGGGCUCGCGUUGAGUGCGGCCACGAGCCCGACGCCGGCCUGGCCCCGCUGCGCAUCGUGCGCCUGCUGGGGACGCGCAAAGAGGUGGAGGCGGCCAAGAAGCUGAUCAUGGAGAAGCUGUCGAGGACAAAGCGCUGC